AUGUCCCUCGACGACGACGACAACCCCUCCCUCGCCCCUCCGCCUUCCACUACGACCUCCCCCUCCUCCCCAUCCCACAACCCGCCAGACGCCGUCGCAGUCGCGACAGCAGACGACCUCACGGCUGAAGACCUGAUCGAAGACGAAGGGGCGGCGACGCAAGAUUUUCGCGCCUUUGCCGCGUCCCUCUCGCGGCAGCAGCAGCAGCAGCAGUAUCGCAAGACGCCCGGCGUGUCGGCGCAGACGAUCCGCAAGGGUGAAAAGGACUUCGAGUCACACGGGACGCGGGCGCAAGCGGACGCGCUCGAGCAGAGCCGGAAUGCCAUGCGGGAGGUGCUGAGCUACACGAGGGUGCACCCGGCCGGGGCCAAGGUGAGGGGUUGGUAUUUCCCUGAUUGGUGGGAGGGGUAUCAUGAGGAAGAGGAGGAUGAUGCUGCUGGUAGGGCUGCGGCUGUGGGCGGGGAAGAGGAGAAGGAAAGGAAGCCGUUUGCGUUCGUGAGGGAGAGGGUAGUUGUGCUCGAGGGUUCGUCUGUGGCUAGCCAGGCCUUGGGAAGGGCGGUGACGGGACAGGCGAAGGACAGGCCUGCGAGGGGGAGGGAUUGGUUGUUGCCUGAGGAGGCGCUGUAUCUGGUGGAGAGGGGCUCGUUGGAUUUGUGGUGGCCAUUGAAGGGGCUAGAGGAGAUACUUCCUCCGGACCGGGCGGUGGCUUCCAACGAGGGAGGGGAAGAGGCAGACGAGUACGAGCAGGGGUUCCCACUCAGCCUCCAAGCAGCCUACGCGCUCCUCAUCGGCAACGACGGCGAGCGAGGCAAGAUUAGCCUGCAAAAGUUCCAGGUCUACUCCAACCUCAAACGAUGCGGCUACAACGUCCUCCGGGCACCCCCAAUUUGCAAACAGCCUGCACCAGCCCCAUCACAACCAGCAACGACCACACUAUGGCAAUGGUUCAGCUCCCUCCUAACCACCACCUUCAACCAACCGCCUUACGGACCUUUAGUCCAACCAGGCCUCUACCGCAGCUACGCGUCCAUAUACCGACAACUAGCCCUCCUACCACGCCACAAACCCUCCCCAGCCUGCUCUGCCUCCGCUUCCCCUCCAACCGAACCCUUCACAAUCCACUACAACAUCUGGAAAUCCGCGCAGAAAUGGACCAAGCUCCGGCACCCGCCCCCAGACUUCCACCUUGCUGUCGUCGACGCGCAGCAGUCCUCGGUCCCGACCCUGUCGGAGAUACUACCGCUGCUCGACGCCACGCCGCCCGCGCCGGGCAAGCCCGAGUGGACGGGGCUCGGCAGGGUGUACGCGCGGCUCAAGCACGGGUACCGGAACGUGCUGAUCGCCGUCGUGGACCACGGGGUGAUCAACUACAUGCGGUUUGCCCAGGGGACGUUUGGGGUCGAGGAGGUUUACGGGAGCCCACGUCGCACAAACUACUAUUAA